AUGGCAACUUAUGAUGAGAUCUAUGUGCAAUCUUGGCAGGAAGCACUGAAGAAGUGCGAAAGAGUUCUAGAGAAACACGACCAUGACCGCGCUCUCCGGGUCAAAUCUUUGCAGAAUUUUCGUACAGAGCUGAAUUCUCUCUUGACUGAAUUUCCUGAUGAGGAGCCAAGGAGGGCUAUCACGUUGAUACAGCCAACAUUAGAUCACUACGAAAUCUUCGCUCAGAAUUUUGUCAACAUGAUGCAAAAUCCCGUUGAUACUAGUAUGAUGUGGGGUCUACUUUUCAUCGUUUUCAAGCUCGCUCUCGGUAGUACUGGACCACUUAGCCCACUGAGACGGGUGAGCAGAUGGUUGGAAAAGAUCGGGCACAAGCUUAGGACCUCAAAUGAUUGCUCCGACCGGAUCAUAGAUGUAGAGAAAGUCAAAGGUGAUACGGUUGAAGUCAAUAAAGAGAUCGUAUUACUCUGGCUAAAUGUGAUUAUGACCUUCAGGCUUCAAGGUGGUCGUGAAACUCAGCUUGACGACUGCACAUGGGAAAGUCUGACACGCUUUUAUAACACCGCUUAUCAGAACAUCGACGAUGCGAUUAAGCGGAUUGAGAAAGUCGCGGACAUGGCGGAGAGACAAGCACGCCAUAUGAACGAGCUCGCCCUCUUCCAGCGUUUGCUAACUUUGGAAGAGACGAGAAAUGAAGAAGCUAAUCUAGAGUGUGAUACGCUUCCUGUAGCGCAAAACAAGCAGUUCUUUGGGCGCAAAGAUAUACUUCAUAAGCUGGAUGAACAUUUAAGCCCAACGAAUACCACUGCUCGAUUGGCGUCCAUUGCUCUCUACGGGCUAGGUGGUAUCGGAAAGACACAAACCGCUCUCGCAUAUGCUUACUCCAAACUUCAUGACUUCGAUGUUGUGCUUUGGAUUUCUGCAGAGGACUCUUAUUCUGUUCAGCAAGGCUUCAGUCGUGCGGCGCUGGAGGCUCUCAAGCUUCCUCAAGCAAAGCCUCACGCAUACCAAGAGAACAUGAUUCUCGUUCUCAAUUGGCUGCAAAAGACUUCUGCGAAAUGGCUUCUGAUAUUUGACAAUGUUGAUAGUCAUGAGGUCAUUGACGACUGUUGGCCAGCAGCUAAACAUGGUUCAAUUCUUGUAACGACAAGAGACGUAGUUGUUGCAACGUUGCCCAUUGAGACCGGUGUUGAGGUCAGCGAGUUUGAGCCAAAAGAAGGAGCUGAAUUUCUUAUCCACACCACGCCCAGGAGGCGACGUAUGGACGGCGAGUUCUCUGCUGCCCAUCAGAUAGCAAGCAAUCUUGGAGGGCUACCCCUGGCACUAAACCAGAUGGCUGCACUGAUCAACGCGCGAAAUUAUUCUCUUGCAGACUUCAGCGCUUUGUACAGCAGAAACAGCCAAAGACUUCACAAAGAAAAAAGGAACGGAUACAAGUAUUUAGGGUACAACUACAGCUUGGACACAGUCUGGGAAUUGUCCUUCAAUGCCCUCGGCGAUGAAGCUCGAGCUUGUCUUGGGGUGUUGAGCUUCUUGGCUGCUGAUUCAGCGCCCAUUGCAUUGUUCACAGACGUUGAACCUGGCAAUUUACCAGACAUACUGUCAUUCUGUAAGGAUGAGCUCAGUUUUGAUGAUGCCCUAGAGCAGCUCACGCAUCACGCGCUCAUUCGGAAGAACAUAGAUGAGGGAACUUUCCGGAUACAUCGACUAGUACAAUCUGAGUACCGAUCCAGGAUGGAGAAUCCGCAAGAACAGUUUGAAGCAGCCACCAGACUUCUUCUAGAGAAGUUCCCGCCCGAGCGGUCCAACCAAUAUAACGAUGAAGAGUGGCUGAUAUACGAAAGAUAUAUCCCCUCAGUACUGGCCCUAGUUCGUGAUUACAAUGAUUCACAGAAGAACAAAAGUCGCAUAAAGCCCAACAUGAACUUCGUCAAACUCCUCGCAAAUGCGGUCAAUGCGAUACAUGAUAACGAUACUACGAACGUGAUACCUGGCCUGCUGGACACUUCAGAUGACGCGUACUCGAAAUGUUCAGAUGAUGAACGGGAUCGCUUACUGUUGGCUUUUCUGUUAUCCCUUAAAUGUAUGCACCAUUUCUCGACAGCAGAAUUUGCGAGGGCAGAGAAAGAAAUGACUGAAGGGCUCGAGAUUCGGUUGAGGCUGCUAGAUCCAGAUGACCUGCUCAUUUCACUUUCAUACAGCUGGCUUGGUAUGGCCGUCGGUGCUCAGUUAAGAUAUGCCGAGGGUCUCGAUUGGCUCCUCAAAGCGGGAGAAGUCCUCGAUGGCCCAGCCGGAAAGAUACCGACUCGACGGAUGGUGUGGGGCUACAACAUAGCAUGCAAUUACUACUGCAUGGGUCGCUUUGAAGAAGCUGAAAGACACCUUGCCAACGCUCUGGCUGACGCUGACAGGCUAGGAAGCUGGUACAUGCAUGUAUAUGGGCAUCUAACCUACACGUCACUCCGAACGCGUAUGAGGGACUUUAAGAGCGCACAACGUCAUGUACACAAAGCUAAAGAGGUUCUCGAGAUUUCAGGAAGCUCGGCACGCUUUAGCUGGCUGAGCUCUUACUGUGCUUAUCGAGCUGGCGAUGUAGCGUUCCAUCAAGGUCGGGUGGCCGUUGCUAUAGAAGAGUCGGAAAAGGCUAUAGCCAUUGGAAAGUUAACUAAAGUACCAGCUAGUAUCCUAGCUCGGUGUACGCAUGCUUACUCUAAAGCCCUUGCUUGCGAUGCGACCCGGCGUGAGGACUCAGAACGACAACGGCAAGAGGCACGGAGAUUACGAACACAGAUUCCAGGUGGAGGAGGUGACUUGGAUGACGAAAGCGAUGAAGCGUUUGAAAGACUCAUAAAGAUGGACCAUCGUUAA